UGGAAGCUUGUUUGAUUUUAUCAGCUGAGUCUUCGCCAACUUGGCGCCCUCCAGAUGAGGGUCAGCGACUCCCCUCUUUCCUUACCAGGGAAGGUGUAGGGCGCCAUGUUCCAGUAGGACUGGCGGGGAUAAAACACUAGAACAUUAGGAAAGGGGAAACUGCGCUCUAACCGGCAGUUUUAUGACAUUAAUGCGCUUACAUUCUGACUAAGUUUUUGUUAAUAUCUGUGCAUUGUAUUAAAAAAGCUUCCUGUAUUGAAACUCUAGGAUCCAGAUAACCGUAUUGAGGAGAGAAAAAGAGAACGAUCCUGUUAGCCCAAAUGAACUUGAUUUAGAAAGAUCUGUAAAGAUUCAGUAGGAAUCUGUGGUGCUCUUUACCAUGAUUAUUAUGCAAUAGUGAGAGUACUUUUUGUUUUGUUUAAGUACUAUACAUGGACAGAAUUUUUUUUAUCUUUUAAGAAUCUGUCUCCCAGAAUUUGAUGAAGAAUUGCUUUAUUGUUGCACUGUUGCUUCUCUUUUAGUUCAUAAUUCAUAUUUAGUUUUGUGAAGAGAUUUUUGUCACUAGUUUAUUUUUAUUUUUUUAAUAAUAAUUUCUGUUGAUGUUUAAAAAUGCAAAGUAUAUAUAUAUAUAUAUAUAUUACUGUAACUCAGAAUCAAGUUACAUUUAUGCUGCCAAAGAUACUUGGCUGGAUUCAGAGGAUGCAAAAAUAUUGUUUAAACUCAUUUGCAACUUCAGAAAAUUGUGUGACUUAACCAUGGUUUGGCUGGUCAUAAGUAAAUGUGUCACAUCAACAUAGCUUCUGAAAGCUGAAAAUUAAAUGCUGACCUCAUAUUUCAGGUUCAGUCUCCCAAAUGUUAAGGUGGUAACAAGAGGAGUAGAUUUUAUUUUCAUCAGUUCCUUCCAGGCUGCUUCUUACACCCUAGGUUGAAUCAUUUAAGAAUGCCAUUCUGCUUAUUCCUAUUCAGAAACACCAUCAUAUUUGUUGGGAUUUACUCCAUGAAAUAUACUAGGAAUUUAACACAUUUAAUAUAUGCCUUUACCAAAAUUCAGUACAAAAAAAUCUCAUAAUAAUUACAAGGUAAUCCAACUAAAUUUGAAUCCAGUAAACAAAUAUUAACAUCAAAACAACUAACAUAACAAUGUAUUUAAAACAAUGCCAUGCAAUAAAUAGCAUUGAGUUUGUAGGCAUUCAUAAUCAUAAUUCUGGGCUCUGGUUUUAAGAUUCCUGCAUAUUUAUUUAUUUGAUAGAUUUGUGUUUAUCAAAUCAUCCGUCCAUCAAUUUUUUUCCUGUGAGGGUAUAUUGGACUGUAAGAAAAUGUAUGUCUCAGAGUCACCGAUGAAUUUCCAUUGGCUGUGAUAGGUUUAGAUGUGGAUCUCUCCAGGCCCAGUUAAUCACUAUGCUACAGAUCUUUCAACAUGUUAAACUAGACUAGUGUUAUGAUGAAAGUGUUGACCUGGUUCCCUAGACAAUUAGAAGGAUAGGCUAUGAAUGACUAUAAAUCUGCAGGUCUUCCAAAUAUAGAAAUUUUCCAUCUGAAGCUCUGAAGACAAUUUGCAGUCAGCUCUAGCUUGAAUAGGAAUUGAAGAUUAUAAUCAUUAGACCCUUUGUACAAGUACAGCCAAAGUGCCAAUUGUUCCUUCCAUAGGUUAGUAGUCAUUACAUCUGGUCAAUUAUACCUUUGUCAUUUCAUGUGUUAUUGCAACUGUUGCAUGAGAGCUCCUGAGUUCAGCUUAUAGUCAUUCAUUCACAUACAGCCCUAGAAAAUAGCUACACUCAAAUCACUUUCACUUGAAUGCUGAACCACAAAAGGUUCUUCAGAAUACAUGGAGACCCAGUGAAUUUAAAAUAACAGCAAAACUAUACUGGUUACAAUGUAUAUAUAUUAGCUCUUUCACACGGAAACUCUUAACUUGGUAAAGAUUCUUGAGAUAUUUUAAUGGUAGGUAUGUGAGAAUGACCUUGGGAGACAAGGGAAAGAGCCACAGCCAGGGGGACAAUCAGAUUAGAGGGAGUUUAGUUCUCAGCAGGAAUGUGGAUGUGGCCCCUCCCUAGUUUCUUGACUGUACAUAUGAUGGGGGUGGGGGAUGAGUGGGGGAGGAAUACUUUCAGGCUUGCAAGAUUCUAUUAAUGUAAGCUUAAACAGUAAAGCAGAAUUAGUUUAUCUGGGCAUGCUUCUCGUCUGCACUACCUCACAAGGCUGACAUCAGUUUUACCAGUAAUUACAGUGGCUCCUCCGCCUUCUUCCUAGGAUCUAGGUCAUUCCCACACACCAUUACAGAGAUAAAACAGAACAAGAAGAAACUGUGUCCCUCAAAAGACAUAGUUGAAAAUAAUUAUAUUGCUUAGAAGACAGCUGUCUUCAUUAACUGACAUUAACUCUUUAAGUUCUGAGAUUCUGUUUUCUUACAAGGCAUACCUGAGAAGCACAAUGGAUACAGCAAGCCACAGCCUGAUCCUCCUGCAACAACUCAACAUGCAGCGAGAAUUUGGUUUUCUUUGUGACUGCACUGUUGCAAUUGGAGAUGUCUACUUUAAAGCUCAUCGAGCUGUCCUGGCUGCUUUUUCCAACUAUUUUAAGAUGAUAUUCAUUCAUCAGACAAGCAGUGAAUGCAUAAAGAUUCAGCCCACUGAUAUCCAACCUGACAUAUUCAGCUACUUGCUUCAUAUAAUGUACACUGGCAAAGGACCUAAACAGAUGGUCAAUCAUACGCGGCUAGAGGAAGGCAUCCGUUUCCUGCAUGCUGACUAUCUUUCCCGCAUGGCAAUUGAAAUGAACCAGAUGCUUUCUCCGGAGGUUGUGCAGUCUUCAAACCUUUAUGGGAUUCAGAUUUCAACCACACAUAAGGCUGUGAAGGAGAAUCUCCAAGCAAAGGAAAAUUUAACCAACAUUGGUAGUAGAGCCACUAAUCAGGGAGAUCAUCCUCAGCUCCAGCUAUCUCUGGCAAUUGGGCUGGAUGAUGGGUCUUUGGACCAGCAGGUUUCCCAUCCUUCUACUAAGUCAGCUGUGAAACCACCAGAGGAGGCUGCAAAUCCACCUGUGACUAUAAAACAGGAGAAGACUGACCCAGAGCCAGUUGUGUCUCAGAGUCACACAUCAUCCUCCCCAAAUCUCAGGGGUCCAUCUAUUUCCAAAGAAAACCUCAAAGUUCAUUUAUGCCAGUACUGUGGGGAGCAUUUUGAAUCCCGGAACAAUUUGUGUGAACACCUGUUUACUCAUGUGUCAGGAUCAUUGCCCUUUAGGGUUCCAACCUCUAUCCUGGAAAGCAAUAACCUUAGCCAGCUGCAGCCUCUCAGUGAAAACUGUGAAGCUACUGAAAGUCACCGACUCAGUUCCUUCCUUCAGAAAGAGAAUGAGCACUAUUCAGAAUAUCCCAGCCACCCCAACCUACAGGCACUGCCAAUUGGCCAGCUCUCACUGGUGUCCAAGGACACAGAACCUGUGGAAUUAAACUGUAACUUUUCCUUUUCACGGAAAAGAAAGAUCAGCUGCACUGUUUGUGGUCACAAAUUUCUCCGAAAAAAUCAGCUUCUUGAACACAUGUAUACGCACAAAGGCAAACACUUCAAAUUUGGCCGAUACCAGCGGGUUGGCAAUACAGCAGCCAUCAAGUUUCAGCCAUAUGGUGACAAUUGGAUCCCAAGUAUGGCGAAAAGUGGCACUCUCUCACAAGGUCACGUGGAUUCACAAAAUGCAUUGGAUCCUGACCUCUCUCAAGAGAGCAUUGAUACCAUACUUGUGGAAUAGUUCUUUCCUUUCCUGUUCCCUUUGACCUGCAGGUUUGUAGCCUGUGCAUUCAUGCAUUCGGUCCUAUUGUAUGAAUACUUCUCAAAUGGUUUUUUGUUCUUCUGAAAUACAACAAGGCAGACGCCCUGUUGUAUGUUACCGUCCUAGUUGAAGGGUCAGCUGUUUUCCAGAAUAACCCAAUAAUGUAUGGCAUGAGGAAUGCAUGUGGAAAAAGCACAUGAUACAGCUAGAUCUUUGUACAUAUUUUUGUACAUAAAAUUUAUAAAAUAUUUUGUACAUAAAAUAUUGCUGGGAAAUACAAUCAAAGCCAUUGAAAGAAUGGAAGGAGGCAUAGAUUCCCAUGUAGGAACUUUUAGUUUCAGACUGGUUGCAGGAACUUAAAAGUCCAUGGAAUGCUAUUCUCUGUCAACAACAACAACAAAAAAAAAAACCACUUGGGUUGUGUACAUGCUUUGCUCAGUUCACUGUUUUUGAAGAUGGGAUAGUCCCAGAUAUUUUAAUAAUAUCCAUAUAAUGCUGGCAUGUCACCUCUAGAGCUUUCCAUGAUGCAUCAGGUUGGCAGGAUAACAAAGGGAAGUUGUAGUACUCAUAAAAAAUUUAUUGUAAAUCAUAUUUAAUUUCAAUUAAAUUUAUUUUAAAUUAACAUCCUGUUUAACGUUCUUCAGUUUAAAGAAAGGUCAUAGUGUGUCGUUGAUCAGUUAGUGUUACUAGUUAUGACGAAAUUAGAUUAAAUAAUUCAAGUACUGUAAAAUAAAAUUUCUGUUCAGUUGCACUAUUUCCUUUGUCGGCUAGAAAUUGUUACACAAAAA